CAAACAAAAGACCUUGACGCCACCGUCCUGCAAAAUCAAAAUCCCACCGUUCGUUGCAAAAAAAUCAACUCAACCAUAGUUACUUUAACUUAACCCAUCAACCAUACCAAUCUUUUCCUUGUGCCAUUAUUAUUACCACUCCCCUAUGCUCACUCUCGUGCCCUUCUCUCUCUUUCUUUCGCUCGCUUCACUUGCUUACCUCUCAAGAAAUCUCCGCCCCUAUAUAACGAUCAUAUAUCAAAAUCUAUAGAAUUUGUUGGACCUUUUCCUUGGAGGCCAAUCCGUGAUCAACGGUGGAGAUGAGCUGCAACGGAUGCCGAGUUCUGCGAAAGGGUUGCGGCGAGACUUGUAUACUGAGGUCGUGCCUUCACUGGAUCAGUCCCCCCGAAGCACAAGGCAACGCCACCUUAUUUCUCGCUAAAUUCUUCGGCCGCAGCGAUCUCAUGUCCCUCAUCUCCGCCGUGCCGGAAUCCCAACGGCCAGCUUUGUUUCAAUCCUUGUUGUUUGAGGCGUGCGGGCGAACCGUGAAUCCAGUAAACGGAGCGGUGGGACUGUUGUGGAGCGGGAACUGGCACGUGUGCCAGGCGGCGGUGGAGACGGUUCUCUCCGGUGGAAUUCUGCGGCCGAUACCGGGAAUUCACUGCGGAGUCUUGGCGCCAAAUUACGAUGAGUCGUCUUCUGUCAGUUUCUCUGCGGAGGCAUGCGAGUUACGAAACACGUGGACACAAUCAAAGCCUUACACUAAUAUGGCGAGGGAGAAUCAAGCGUCCGUUUUCAAUCUCUCUCUCACGCCAAAGCUUUUGGCAUCAGGUAGAGCUGGGAGAGAGAAGAAAGGCAGAGAUGCGGUGUCGUUUUACACCAAAGAAUCAUCAGAGACGACGACCUUUAAGAGCAGUGGUGGCGAUAGGAAGAAACUUUUGAAUCUGUUCGUUUGAGUAGAAAAAAAAAAUGGGAAAGAGAGAAAGAAAGGGUUAUGUACUGUGAAUGAUCACAGUAGUAGCAGUGUAACCUUUUUGUUUCCAUAUAAAUAUCAAGCCGAAUUUUUAGCCCGGCGAGUUUUGGAAGCGAGCUACAUAUAUUUCCGGUGAAGAUUUGGUGUUGAUUUUUUUUUUAAUUAUCAUUUUUGGGUUUGUAAUGAUCAAGGCGAUGGAUGUGUCACUUUGUGGUGGA